CUUCCAAGAAACCCUGGAAAAGAGAGAGGGCGAAAUAUUUCGAUCGUCUUGCGCCGCGAUGGCGAGCAACGCGAAUGGCGGAUUUUUCUCCGCGAUUUCGAACAGGAUCUCGAGCAUUAGGUCGUGGAGCAGCGCCACGGUCUCCAGUAUGCUGGGCGGCGUGGAGGGUCUAGAGGUUAUCAAUCCCGAAGGCGGCCAAGAGGAUGCCGAGAGCGAAGCACUCAAAGGCCGCUUCAAGCAAGAAGAUCGUGAGAGCUACUGGAAAAUGAUGCACAAGUAUAUUGGAUCGGACGUCACUUCCAUGGUGACACUGCCAGUUUUGAUUUUUGAGCCCAUGACGAUGCUCCAAAGAAUGGCCGAGUUGAUGGAGUAUGCACACCUUUUGGACCUCGCUGAUCAGUGCGAAGAUCCAUACUUGAGGAUGGUCUAUGCUUCGUGCUGGGCUAUCUCUGUAUAUUAUGCUUACGAGCGGCCGUGGAAGCCUUUCAAUCCUAUUCUCGGGGAGACGUAUGAAAUGGUGAAUCAUAGUGGCAUAACGUUCCUCGCCGAGCAGGUCAGUCACCAUCCUCCGAUGAGCUCUGGACAUGCGGAGAACGAGCACUUCACCUAUGACAUCACCUCGAAGCUGAAAACAAAAUUUCUCGGGAAUUCUGUCGACGUUUACCCAGUUGGAAGGACGCGAGUUGUGCUAAAAAAAUCUGGCGUGGUACUUGAUCUAGUACCGCCACCAACAAAGGUGCAUAAUUUGAUAUUUGGCAGAACGUGGAUAGACUCUCCCGGAGAUUAUGUUGUGACAAAUCUCACGACUGGCGACAAAGUGAUCCUUUAUUUUCAACCCUGUGGCUGGUUUGGAUCUGGUCGUUAUGAGGUCGAUGGCUACGUUUACAACAAGGACGAGGAGCCCAAGCUUCUGCUUACGGGGAAGUGGAACUCAUUUAUGAGUUACCAGCCCUGCGAUUCCGAAGGCGAGCCGUUAGCAGGAUCUGAGCUGAAGGAGGUGUGGAGAGUAGCGGACGUUCCCAAGAACGAUAAGUUCCAGUACACGCAUUUUGCUCACAAGAUUAACAGCUUCGACACGGCGCCAAACGGGCUACUUCCGUCGGAUUCACGCCUGAGACCGGACCGUUACGCUCUGGAGAAGGGCGAGAUGAGCAAAGCCGGCUCUGAGAAGUCAAGGAUGGAAGACAAGCAGCGAGCCGAGAAGAAAGUCCGUGAGUCGAGAUCCGAGAAGUUCACGCCAAAGUGGUUUACUCUCACGGAAGAUGUCAGUACGACGCCGUGGGGUGACUUGGAGAUCUACGAAUUCAACGGCAAGUACGCGGAGCACCGUGCCAAGGUCGAGGCGGAAUCCAGCGGCGACAGAGUGGAUCAGACAGGGAUCACUUUCAACCCGUGGCAAUACGACGACUCCUCGGUGCAAGCAGCCGCCGAGUGAAGAGCCAUCCAAGAAGAACAGUCGCAUGUUUAUUGCUGCUAUACAAAUAGAUGUACAGAACAAUUGGGGAGUUAAAGAGGUGAUACAACAAGAAUAAAAAUAAAAGAAUGGUCUUCUUCUUCCUGUUU